UCUCCUCAGCAUCACCGCAUCCUCCGAGCUCCUCUCGGCUGACAAACGGGACACAAACCGAGACAGAAGCCCAAAUUAUGGACGACGUGCCGCCGAUCAUCACCAUCUCCAUCUCGCUGAAGAUCCAGCCGAACGAGGGCCCGGUCUUCUUCAAGGUGGACGGCACCCGCUUCGGCCAGACCCGCACCAUCAAGCUGCUCACAGGCUCCAAAUACAAAAUCGAGGUGGUGAUAAAGCCAGGCAACGCCGAGGUCACCAACAUGAACAUCGGCGGCAUCAUCUUCCCCCUGGAGCAGCAGUCGAAAGACGAGGAGUCGGUGGUUUACCACGGUCAGUACGACACCGAGGGCGUCCCGCACACCAAGAGCGGAGACCGGCAGCCCGUCCAAGUCAGCAUAGAGUUUCCCAAGGCGGGCCAGUUCGAAACCGUCUGGCAGGUGAAGUACUACAACUACUACAAGCGCGAGCACUGCCAGUUCGGCAACAAGUUCAACGACAUCGAGUACGAGUGCAAACCCAACGAGACGCGCAGCCUCAUGUGGAUCAACAAGGAGGCGUUCAACUGAGAGCGAGAGAGACGCUCCGACCCACCGGCUCAUCCUCCGGCUCCCAGACACCAAACACUGAGCCGAGAUGAGCCGUAGCACAACUACCUUCCAACAUCAGCUUUCAAAAAGGAAAAGCCUUAUCCUAGAGGCACCCGUCAAGUCAGCGAGCUCUGGUAUUUGUAUAGUAUCAAAAAAAGGGGCUGGAGGACAGGACAGCUGUUUGCUAUGCUGGUCUUUAAAGGGGCUUUAACGGGGUUUAAAGCUGCACUAGGCAACGAACUCGGCAUGUCGGCGGUGAGAGCUCACGAUUGAAAAUUGGAAGUUCAGUACCAAGAAAUCGUGUCAGGUGACGUCAGUGAAGUGUUUACCAACUCGGCUUGUCUUUGAGGCUUGGAGAGAGUUAGAAAGGUCUAACGUUGGCGAGUCCAGCUGCUCACUGCAGGUUUAGACGACAGUUUGGACUGAUUUCACCCUGACACCGUGUUCACGUACAACUCGUCGCAUCAGUUUUUGAUUUUUUCCCCUGCUGUUCACGUUUGAUCCAUCAUCGCACGUAUGAACCAACGAGCUCAAAGUUAGCAUCAGCAUCGAGUAUUGAAAGUAGUGUGAAUUGAUGAAUGAAUAUUCCAACGUUUUGGACAAAAUCCCCCUUUUCCUGACGUCCCCAGACUGAGACCAGAUGUUGGACACCGUUUCCACCUCUGUACGUCCAGUGGUUUGGUUCCUAUGGUUAGCAUUUCAUAUUAGCUCCAUCAAAGUGAAAAAUAAACCUCUGAAGCUGUCUUCUUUCACAGUGGAUCGUUUGGAUUUGAAAUACACGUCUUGGAAGUUGAAUAAAACAAAGGAGAGUGGUUUGAGGAGAAGUUAAGUCGUGGUGGAUCUACCUCUACCUGCAGCGGAUCGCUGCUUUAGAAGGAUAAGUGUGUUCAGUGGGUACAGAUCCGCCAUCUGACUUCUCCUCAAACCACUCUCAUUGUUUAAAAAAAAAAAAGUCAUGCAUGGUUGGACAUGGCAAA